AUUUGUAGGCGGCCUGCCACAGAAUUGUUCGGAGGAUGUCUUCCGUGACUAUUUCCAGACGUUUGGUAAGAUCGUGGACAUUGUCGUGAUGAAGGACCGCGACACCGGCAACAGCCGCGGCUUCGGUUUUGUCACCUUCGACAGCACGGACGCGGUGGACAAGGUCAUUGCCCAGUACAAGGAACACAAGAUCGAGGGCAAGUGGGUGGAGACCAAGCGCGCCCAGCCCCGCGGGGUGGCUCCCCCGCCGACACGGGCUCCCAGGUCGUCCAGGAACGACCGGGACCGCGGCGAUCGGGACAGGCGGCGGC